CAAUCAUCCAGAUACAUUAGCCAGCCCGCGUGAUGAUGCGAAGUGCGCGCCUUCGUUUGUGGCCAGUGUUGCUUUCGUGGGCAAGCUGGGCCUUUGUGUCACAUCAUUUCAUUUCACGAGAGCUUCAGCCACUGCGAGCAGCAGUGCGCAAUAUGCCGAAGUCCUACUUCGACGCAGAUGACAUCGAAGACCGAGAGCUACCCGACCAACUCUCUGAAUCGGCACGGUUGGCAAUCAAAGCCACCGAGGUGGAGGAGGCCAAACCAGCAAAAGAGUGGCAAGAAGUGUUCAAACAGUGCAUGGCAAGCUUCAGUGGUCAGCCUACCUGUUGAUUUUGCCAUAGGUGGCUGUAGCAUUUGGUUGGCAUUUUGUUCAUGUGUGUUUUUGUUUGCCUGAAUUCAAAGGCGAUUGAUUCGUUCAAAUUGAAACCGCUAUGAUUUUUCUAGAAAAAUCACAGAAGCGUGAACAAUGGGAAACAGACUGUUUUGAAAAGACCUGGCAAUGUCUUUGGAGUAGGACCUACUACAUCUACUACUCAGUAGGAUUUCAGAAUGUCUUUCUGGCUUGGAAAGUGCAUCGCUACUAGUAACAAGAUGUAACAAGUGCAUUACUUCUAGUAACAAGAAGCUACGAACGUAGCGAGGAGUGCCUUUCAGGUACCAAUGCUCAAAGUCUCCGAAAUCUUUUGUGGGAAAUCCACGGUACAUGGCUGGGGUCUUUUUGCAGGAAGAGACUUUGAGCAGGGCGAGAUUCUUCAUGAAUCACCAGGUCGACUGAUUGAAGGGCAGCCAGAGUGUAUCAGCGAUGACGUCUUUGCAACUACCCAAGUUCUUUGGGAAGACGAGGCCAAGAACUACUCGAUUCUGGGUCUUGGAUUUGCCUCGCUACACAAUCAUGCAGAGGAUCCAAACACUGAUUUUGCUUGGGAGCAACGUCGAGAGCAUGGGCGUAGACUCGUGGGACGCUUCUGGGCAUUGAGGCCAGUGCUGAAAGGUGAGGAGUUGUUUAUCUCCUACGGUUCGAAGUGGUUCAGCUCCAGGAACAUCACAGCCAAAGCACCAGGUGGUGACUGACAACAAUCUGAGCUGACACCAUUGAGCUUUGAACCUCCGGGCGUUCUUCUCCCCCCGCGCGAUGGCCUUGACGACGACCCGCCUUCGAGCUGUUGGCAAACGUUUCGUUUGCGCUUAGGAAGAGUGCAAAGCAGCAAGUGAACGGCACUGAACGUGCAGACGGCACCUGCUCCGUGCGAUUGCGCGAUUGCGCAGCAAGUGAACGACUUGCUGGAAGCACACGCUUCAAAUCUGAUUGAAUGCCCGGAAUCAAAAGGUGAC